UGUUUUAUAUGGCGUUCUGCUCUACCUCUGUUAUUCUGGUUUCUGAAUGUUUGGUUUAUUUAAAACUUGGUAUAGAGUUGUUUAUUUCUUGAGGAUCAUUACGCUCAUCUAUAGACGGUUUUGGAUUUUUGUGUUUCAGAUGAUGGAUGAAGCCAGGUGUUUGGAGAGGCUGGUUGAACAGAGGUCUCACAGAAUAUCUUAUACAAGACUUUUGUCAUGGGAAAUUGGUCAAGCAAAGCCAACAUGUCCUAGAAGAAAAUGGAAAAAUAAGAAACGAGAGAGUUUAGAGUUCCAAAAGGACUCGUCGUGUUGUCUUGUUCAAGACAAAGGCCACAAAACAGACACCAGUCUUCAAAGUAUCGAAACUAAAAGUAUAGAAUCUGACAUAAGUUCAGAAAGUGAUAAUACUUAUUACUCUGCAGAUGAAAGUGAACUACAAGAUUAUAACUUCACUAAAGCAGAUGAAUUGAGUGGUGCAUUUGAAGACAGAAGUGGGGGAAAUGAUACUGACAUUGAAGACGAUAGUGGUAAAGACAUCAAUAAACUUGAUGAACUGAGUAAUGAAAAUGAAGAAUUUUGUGCUGAGGUUAAUGAUAGUAAAUGCAGUGAUUCUGAUAAAUUUAAUUCAAAAUGCAAAAAUGCUAAUUCAUCUCAGAAGAAGAGAGCACCAAGCAAUAAGCAAAAGAGAAAAAGACGUGAUAAAAGGAAAAUGUCCUGGGAUUACAAUAAUCCAUUAACUUAUAUACAUGAUAACAUAGAGCUUAGUGGUGUAGAAGAGGAUAUAAACGAGAGCGAUCUUAGUGUUAAAAAAACGGUUCCAAGUCUUGCAGAACUUUGUCUCAUGAGCAAUAAAGGAUUAGUUUCAGAAAGAAAUACAUUAUGUAAGACAUUCAGAAAAAUGUAUUGUGACAUUUUUACAGAAACAACUUUUCACAAAGAUCAGUUAAAAUGGUUAUUCUGUGUUUUAUCUUGUUUAGAGCAAGAGGAAGAAACUCAAGCAAAUGGCAUCAAAUAUAAACCGAUCUCUAGAUGGGUUCAUCAUAUUGACAAAGAUGGUUUGAGUAAUAAAAAAGUUUUUCUUCGAUGUUGUAGAAACAUUUGGAACACCGAAUUGUAUAUGAAAAGAUAUGCAAAUCCUUUAUUACAACCUCUUUAUAGCUGGGGUGACAGUUAGUCACAUGUAACAUCAACUGCAUGCCUUCCAAAUUAUUUUCUGUCGUCAGUUUUUUUCACAAAUCGAGAUGUUGAUGCAAGUUACGCGAGCAGUUUGCUUGGACUGUCAGUUUUUGCCACAGUUAUAGAUUCUAUGUUACCUGCAUCUUAUAUUGAACCAAGAAGAUACAGUACCUUGAAAGGCAGAGUGAAGCAUAUCCUUCAGAAAAGAUUUCCAGUUGGAACCAAAGUCUGUUUUGAUAUAGCCAUGCCAUAUGUUUAUUGGGCCAGAGGAGAAUUAAAACUUGCUACAGAUCAUUUCAUGGCUCUAAUACAGACAGAAAAGAGAGGUAAAACUGAGGCUGGUGAUUUCAAAGGGAGAAUCAGCACUCGAGGAGAGACGGGCAAAGUAAUGACAAAAUACGACAAAAAGACAAUCACUAGUCUACAAAACACUAUAUACUAAGCUAAAGACCGAGCAAUAUUUACUCGGCCAAAAACGGGGGAUAAUCUCAGGCGCUCCGGAAGUGUA